CCGUCGCUACUCGUCAGCUCACCCUCACCGCACUCAGAUCUCACACCACUCACUCCGUUCCCCACGGACCCGAGAGAAGAACCCUAGCCAUUCGCCCCUCCUCCGGCCGGCGGCAUGGCGCCGCCGCCGCCCCAAACGGAAUUUGUGGAGGUGAGGUGCGCGGGGUGCGGCGAGACGUUGGAGGUGGAGCGGGGCCUCACCGAGUUCGCCUGCCCCGACUGCGGGACACAGCAGGCGCUCCCGCCGGAGCUCAUGCCGCCGCCGCGCCCGCGACGGGCGCUUCCCAUCCCUGGCAGAGGAUCAUCCGCCGCCGUCCCUGUGCCUGUGCCCGUGCCCGCACCGGCGCCCGCGCAUAUGCCGUGCGGCGGCUGCGGCUCCCUGCUGAGCGUGCCGGCUGGCCUCGGGCGCUUCCCGUGCCCUCUCUGCCGCGUUGAGCUCGUCGUCGAUGGAGGGCGCCUCCGGCUCUACCUCGCCUCCCCGGCUGCGGCCACAGUAUCCGUCGUGGCGCUGCCCCCAGCCGGCGUGGCGCUCACAUCGCCAUACACACACCAGCAGCCGGAGGCGCAAGCACAAAAUUAUGAUAAUCCAAUGCACUCUGAGCAGACACCUGCACAAUGCCCCAGUCAAUCAGUUCAUAGAGAGGAGAAAUCCAGUUCUUUCAGAAAAGAUACCAGGGUGACAAUCUACAGUAGGUUAGCACAAAAAGUGCCCCCUGGACAUUCAGUUCAAAGAGAAAAGUCACAUAUUGAGCCACUCAAUAAGACCGCAGUUAGAUCUAGUACGAGGAAUAGUAGAUUGCAAGCUGGUACUGAAUCUAUAGGUCCGCAGAAAGUACCACCUGAACCUUCCAUUCAGGAAAGCUCGGGUGCACAGGCACUAGACCUCCCUCCCAGUUAUUCAGUACGUAGAGACCACACACAAGGGCAUCAUCUUGACAUUGCUAAGCAUUUACAGCAGACAAAUGAUGUUUCUAGUAUCAUGGAGCAUGAAAAAAUAGAUCAUCUGAAUCAAGCAAUGAAUGUAGAACCAGCACAAGCUGAGGAUCAGUGCAACAGAUUUGGAUGGAAUUCAAAGAGGAAAAGAAGAAACAAGAGUACCAGUGGUUAUCAGAAUAGAAAAAAUAAGGGCUUGACGAGAUCUCCAAAUGCAGGGCUCCCUGUUAGGCGUAGUAAGCGCUUGACAAAGCAGACAGAGCAUCCAAUAGACGAUGAGCCUGCCCAGCAAACAGCUGCUUCUCCAAAUGCAUAUAAUUCUGUUCUUCCAGAUAUCGACCGGAUCAUUGCCAAUCUAUGUCCAAGCUCAUUGCACCCACACCAAAUGCCUCAAGCAAGCUCAAGUGAGUCGGACAAUGUUGAUGCAGCCAUUUUACCAGCCUUGUCAAAUCAUGGUAUAUCUCAACCUGAACAGCUUCCACCCUGCUACAGUCAGUUGUACCCUGCAGAGGUUAGGGGUACACGCCAACUUGAUAAAAGUGGUGAACAGGUGAAGCGACAGUCACCAGAGGUCCUACGUCAGGUUAUGCAUGUGCAGCAUUCAUUUAUCCAGGAGAGUGCACACGGUGGCCAUCUCUUUUUAGGAUCUGAUAAGAAAUCAUCUGGCAAACGCAACGGACGUCGCGCUACAAGACUGAUUGAACCACGUAUGGAAGUUGACAGGCCCGUUCUGAUACCAAACAAUAUUGACAACUGGGACGUCAGCCCACCUUGUCCCAAGGCGGCAUCUACAAUCAGCAUUCUUAUGAAGCAGAAGUACCCUGGUUCAACAUAUCUGCCAGUUGAUCAGCAUUGUGAUGUUCCACCUAAUGGAGAAGUGGUUCACCACUGGCACCAGUAUCCUCCAGAGACGAGGGCUGCUAUCUUGUAUGAAUUUCUUCAACGCUACAAGUGGGCGCCUGGCAAGGAAGCAGAGUGCCUGAAGUUAUUUGAGCGCAGAGCAGUAAGGCAGUUUGCUGGCCUUCUGUGUGAAGAGAAGCGAAGGGUUAGGGCAGAGUUGGCGUCAUUGCAGAAAGCCAAAGAAACUUCUGGCAUACACAGGUCCAACAGACACACAAGGUCAGACGAGGAAGAUACUAGAGAAGAACCCGAGGAUCAGCAGAGAACAGAGAAAAGUGAGGAUGAGAACCCAUUAAAGUGGAAACCUUUCCCCCCGGCUUGGAUGUAUCCAAAUUGGUGGGAGAAAUUGUGCGAACACUGGGCCAAAGAAGAAGUCUUAAUGAUGUCUUUGCAGAAUAGGAAGAACCGGUUCACUGCAGGUCGUGCUCAUCACACAACAGGUUCGCGGAGCAUUGCCAUGCACCGUCAGCUUAUGGUCAUGGAGAAUGGUGGGAAACUGGUGUCAGAACUUGAGGUAUUCAACAAGACCCAUAAGCUUAAUGGCGGCACAGGGGAAUUUAUCAGCGAGAAAGCAAAGCGAACUGUGGAGGGCUUCAAGAAGCGUAUUGAGGAGGCUGGUGAUAAGCAGAUAGAUCCCCAUCUUGCAUGGGCACAAGAAGUCGGAGGCCGGAGCCAUGGCAGGUACUAUGGACUCACUGGCAUCAUUGACAAGGCCAAGAUCGAUGAAUUGGCAAAGUCCAUGCCUGGUUGUUUUGGUAAACGGGGCCAGCAGCAGAAGUUUUCGCAGGAGCAGGUGCAACAGAUGAUUAAUCAGUCUCUGCAAGGGUUAAAUGAAACCUGGGAGAGUAAAUUCAAGUCCCUGGAGCAAAGCAUGCGCGGUGCGCCACUGGUAGGUGUUGAUCCUGAGUAUUCUCCUGGGUCUUCUGCAGCUGGAGGGGAUAUUCAGGAGCAUCCUUCAACACAUCAGGACGCGUCACAUUCACAGCAUGGAGAAGGGCGACAACCUGCUAGGCAUGAGGACGAUGAUGAGGAAGCCGAAGUGGUGUCUACAAGCGAUUGAGCUGCGUUACUGUACAAAGUUUGUUGCACGUGUGUGAGAAGCCUGUUGUGGUGUGCUUUGCACUCUCGGGAAAUGCUGAAAUGCAAGCGUGUUUCCCCACCGUAAUUCUGUAAGGCAAAUGCCCUUGACAUCGGACUCUUUGCUCUGAUCAGUGCAAAGCUUAUCUCGGACGCUUUGUAGAAAAAUGCUGAAUGUAUGUGCAUUUCCGCACUGUAAUGCAGAUACCCUCAGUAUGCAACUUUACCCGGACGAGCUGUUUUUUUAACGGAAAUAUAUACUGACAUGAAUUUA